CCUUCUCCGCAAGACCUCCGUGCCCGCCCACCGCACAGCAACGUCGCUGGAGAGAGGGAAAACAAUACAUCUGGGCCUUUUGCAUGAGCUUGCAAGGCAGCAGCGCUGCGUGGAACGGUGUCCUUGACAACGUUUGGCCGCUAUGGCCGGUAGGCCGCCUCCAGGUGGUCCGCCGCAUAGCGAUAAUCUGAUCGACUUCGACGACCACCAAUCCACUUACUACUCCGGCGCGCCGCCGCCCGCAAACGAUAAUGAACUCCUACACCGCUACGACAUAGACAGCUCGGAUGCUGCGCCGCAAGGUCGGCCCUCGGUAUCCUAUGAUGACUUUGUUGGAGGGGGCAGGUCGACAGCAGGCCUACCGGGAGGGCCUGGCGCGCCCCCUGGGCAGCCACCAUAUCUUCAAUCAGGGAACAGGGCCUUCUCCCAGACAUCGGGUCUAGACAACUACCAGAGAUACUCAGACGCAGAGAUACCCGCCGACGAUGAUCAUUCCACACAGGGCUACUACGCCGCCGGAGGGGCCUACGACCAAAAUUCACCGGGGAUACAGCGCGGGCCAUCCAAGAAGGCACACAACAGGAAUAGUAUUCUGAGUCUUGGAGGUGGUCUGACCGGGCGGGUGAAGAACAUGUUGGGGCGAGGGUCGGAAUACUCAGAAAUGGACCUGCCCUUGACGGAACAUGCAGCACAACCGAACCAACCGAGCGCGAGCGCAUACGAUGAUGGAGCCUCUACGAAGAAGAAGAAGCCGAGUCCGGGAACCUUCAAGUUUGGUUUCGGACGAGGCGCGCCAGAUCCAUCGACACUUGGUCCCAGGAUAAUACACCUGAACAACCCUCCCGCAAACUCCCUUAACAAAUACGUCGACAACCACAUCUCGACCGCCAAAUACAACGUCUUCACCUUCCUACCCAAGUUCCUGAAAGAGCAAUUCUCCAGAUACGCCAAUCUCUUCUUCCUGUUCACCGCCAUCCUGCAACAAAUACCCGGUAUCUCGCCCACUUCGCGAUAUACCACCAUUGUCCCUCUUUGCAUUGUGUUAUUGGUCUCAGCUAUCAAAGAGUAUAUUGAAGAUUACAGGCGGAAGCAAUCGGACUCACAGCUCAACAACUCCAAGGCGCAGGUUCUGAAAGGCUCUACGUUCACGGACACAAAGUGGGUCAAUGUGGCAGUCGGAGACAUUGUUCGAGUCGAGUCUGAAUCGCCGUUCCCAACUGACCUGGUGCUUCUCGCAUCGUCAGAACCAGAAGGUCUAUGCUACAUCGAGACAGCCAACUUGGACGGAGAGACGAAUCUGAAGAUCAAGCAAGCUAUUCCUGAGACGGCAGAUUUAGUCAGCCCGCCAGAGUUGGCGCGCCUCGGAGGCAGAAUUCGAUCAGAGCAGCCUAACAGCAGUCUCUAUACCUAUGAAGCUACUCUCACAAUCGCAGCUGGUGGAGGAGAGAAGGAGCUACCUCUUGCACCUGAUCAGUUGCUGUUGCGCGGCGCCACGCUUCGAAACACGCCUUGGAUCCAUGGCGUUGUUGUCUUUACUGGUCAUGAAACGAAGCUCAUGAGGAAUGCAACAGCGACACCUAUCAAAACAACGGCAGUAGAAAGGCUGGUCAAUAAGCAGAUUCUCAUGCUCGUGUUAGUUCUGAUAUGUUUGAGUAUCGUCAGCUCCAUUGGCGAUGUCAUCAUUCAAUCUACGAAAAGAGAUAAUCUCGAAUACCUCUAUCUCGAAAAGUUUAACGGCGCGAAACAAUUCUUCCGCGAUCUGUUGACUUAUUGGGUUCUAUACUCCAAUCUGGUACCAAUUUCACUUUUCGUCACCAUUGAGAUCGUUAAAUACUAUACCGGUAGCUUGAUUGACUCCGAUUUGGACAUUUACUACGAGCCGACAGAUACUCCUGCCAAUUGUCGAACCUCUUCUUUAGUCGAAGAGCUCGGUCAAAUUGAGUACAUCUUCUCGGACAAAACCGGUACGCUAACUUGCAACAUGAUGGAGUUCAAGCAGUCAUCCAUCGCCGGGAUUCAAUAUGCCGACGAAAUACCCGAGGAUCGAAGAGCUACCACGGAAGAUGGUGUUGAAAUCGGUAUCCAUGAUUUCAAGCAGCUUGAGCAGAAUCGCCAGUCGCACAGUAGCAAGUACAUCAUCGAUCAAUUCCUUACGCUAUUGGCAACUUGUCACACUGUCAUUCCCGAGAGAGGUGGCGACAAGGAUGCGAUCAAGUAUCAGGCUGCCUCUCCCGACGAGGGCGCGCUUGUAGAAGGGGCGGUGACGCUAGGCUACAAAUUUGUGGCGAGGAAACCGCGAGCCGUCAUCAUCGAAGUUGACGGCCGCCAACAGGAGUACGAGCUACUGGCCGUAUGUGAAUUUAACUCGACUAGGAAGAGGAUGUCCACGAUCUUCCGCACCCCAGAAGGCAAGAUCAUCUGUUAUUGCAAAGGUGCAGAUACUGUCAUUCUGGAGCGCCUUGCAAAGGACAAUAAUCCCCAUGUGGAAACAACUCUGGCGCAUUUGGAAGAGUACGCUUCCGAGGGCCUUCGUACUCUAUGUCUUGCUAUGCGCGAGGUCACCGAGAACGAGUUCCAAGUCUGGUGGAAGAUUUACAAUACGGCACAAACGACAGUCAGCGGAAACCGUGCAGAAGAGCUUGAUAAAGCUGCGGAGCUGAUUGAGCACGACCUCACACUUCUUGGAGCAACUGCUAUCGAAGAUAAACUACAGGACGGUGUACCGGAUACCAUUGCUACUCUACAAUCAGCCGGCAUCAAAGUCUGGGUCUUGACUGGUGACCGACAGGAAACUGCUAUCAACAUCGGCAUGAGCUGCAAAUUGAUCAGUGAAGAUAUGAGUCUGCUCAUUGUCAACGAGGAGAACAAGGAAGACACAAGAGAUAAUAUUCGCAAGAAACUCCAAGCCGUCACAAGCCAGAGCCAGGGCGGGGCAGAGAUGGACGUGCUUGCUCUAGUCAUCGAUGGAAAGUCGCUGACCUACGCUCUUGAGCGCGACCUUGAAAAGGAGUUCUUGGAUCUCGCCAUUAAGUGCAAGGCCGUCAUCUGCUGCCGUGUCUCCCCGCUGCAGAAAGCCUUGGUCGUCAAGCUCGUCAAACGCCAUCUCAAAGCCAUCCUCCUAGCCAUUGGCGACGGCGCAAACGACGUCUCCAUGAUCCAAGCCGCACACGUUGGCGUCGGUAUCAGUGGUGUCGAAGGUCUCCAGGCCGCUCGCAGUGCUGAUAUUUCCAUUGGACAGUUCCGAUACCUACGUAAGCUGUUGCUUGUGCAUGGUGCGUGGAGCUAUCAUCGUAUCAGCAAGGUUAUUUUGUACUCUUUCUACAAGAACAUCGCCAUGUUUAUGACGCAGUUCUGGUAUUCGUUCCAAAAUGGCUUCUCCGGGCAGAUCAUCUACGAGUCGUGGACUCUUACCAUGUAUAACGUGUUCUUCACUGCUGCGCCACCUUUCGUCUUGGGUAUCUUCGAUCAGUUCAUUAGUGCGAGGCUGUUGGACCGGUAUCCGCAGCUUUACCGCCUUAGUCAGUCAGGGGUGUUCUUCAGGAUGCACUCGUUCUGGUCGUGGGUUGGAAAUGGCUUCUACCACUCCCUCAUCUUGUACUUCGGCUCGCAGUUAAUCAUCCUGUGGGACUGGCCUCAAUGGGACGGUCGAAAUGCCGGCCACUGGGUCUGGGGUACCGGAGCCUACACGGCAAAUCUGGCCACCGUCUUGCUCAAAGCGUCUCUCAUCACGAAUAUCUGGACAAAGUACACGUUCUUGGCUAUCCCAGGCUCGUUCUUACUCUGGUUCAUACUGAUGCCCAUCUACGCCAUCGUAGCGCCUAAAGUAAACAUCUCCAACGAGUACAUUGGGGUUAUCGAGCGACUGUUCCCGGAUCCACGCUUCUGGGCUAUGGUGAUAGUGUUGCCGCCGCUCUGCCUGCUAAGAGACUUUGCGUGGAAGUACGCAAAACGAAUGUACUUCCCGCAGAGUUAUCACCACGUGCAGGAGAUUCAAAAGUACAACAUUCAGGAUUAUCGACCGAGAAUGGAGCAGUUCCAAAAAGCUAUUCGAAAAGUACGCCAAGUACAACGUAUGCGCAAACAGCGCGGCUAUGCCUUCUCGCAAACAGACGAGUCGCAGGCGCGUGUCUUACAAGCCUACGACACCACCCAACAGAGAGGGCGAUAUGGUGAGAUGGCGAGUUCGCGCCAGUAGCGAAACUAGGGAAGGUUGUGUACUUAGCUGUGCCUAUGCUGAGGGAUUCGCCUUGCUAAAAGAGGGAAUUGGCCAUGGCAGUCUAUUCACUUCACUCAUGUUUGGGUAUUUGUAUUGGCGUAUGGCAUGAAGCGAAAUGAACACUUUGUAGUAUGACUGGGCUCCAAAAAGGGCAAUGUAUGGU